CUUAUUUGACGAAUAUUCAAGUGCAAUAUAUGUAAUGGCUGAGAGACGAAGAUUUCGCAAAUUAUCAGAGCUAUCAAACAGCGAUGAAGCAAAUGAUCCGCUGGAGCCACAACUUGAGAUUAGGCCCACUAAAAUUGAGCAGGAUAUAAGCAGCGACUAUGAGAGCAAUGAUGAAGUGCAGCCGCAGUACAAAAGGACACGCAUUGAGAAGGAUCUGCCAAGGAAACGCAAACAUAAGAAUCGCGAUCAGUCCAAUACUCUCAUCACAUUCAUGGAGCAGAACCCGGAAAUAGCCAAAGGACACGUGAAAGGCGAACGAUUCGCCUUCGAUGCGAAAUGGUACACUUUGGUGGCGGAUUUGAAUGCCGAUGGACCUCCGUGCAAAAGUGUAACAGCUUGGAGAAAACUCUGGUCGGAAUGGAAGAUGAAAAUCCGGAAGAAGCUGUUCCAAAUGAAAAAGAAUGCAGCUGGAUUGGAAAGCGGUUGCCAGUCAGUUUUUUUGACGCCCGACGAGGAGUCCAUUGCCCAAUUGUGCGGCUUCUACGAUAAUGUGGAAAUUGUUCAGUGUGACAAGUUCUUCGGUUGCUCUAAGGACAACGAAAAGCGUAAAUCCCAUGCUGAGAGUCGGAAUUCUUCGAAAGUUGAAUCUAAUUCGCCGCCCAGUGAGGAAGCCAUGUCUGAAUUGUGCGGCUUCUAUGAAUCUGGCGACGAUGCUGAGCAUAAAACAAAUAUUAAAAUGCCAAAGCAAUCAUCAACUAAUUACAAUGCUGACAAAUUUGCUGACUUUGAUCCGGAUAUCUUCGCAAGGAAUCGCAAACGGCCUCGUGAAGCCGAAUGUCUGCAAGAGUUUUGCAGUACGCAGAAUGAUUUGAUGACCCGCGUAGCUGACACCUUGGACGCAAUACGCUGCAACAUGGCUGAGCAGACGAGUGUAAUGCAGCAGCACUUCAAAAGAAUGGAGGAAAUCGAAUUGAGAAAACUGGAGGCGAUGAAAAGCUUUAGGAAAUAGUAUUCAAUCUUAAGCUAAGACAAAAAUGGUUAUGGUAUUAUAAAUUUAAAAAAC